GCUUUUUGCUUAUUGGGCAAUUGGAGCUGAAUAUGGACAAGGUUUUGAGACAUUUAGACAAGAUGGGCCUUUGAAGGUUGAUGUGGAUUUUUUGAAUGAUAGGCUGCAAGAAGGUUUUCUUCAACGGAUACGCAAUGCCAUGAAACCAGAUGAAGCAUAUGGUCUUAUUUUCUGAUGGGACAAUGUUGUGGGCUCAUUCUACCGCAAUUCCUCUGUAAUUUUAUGUAUGAUGUGUUUCUGGCAGAUACCCGAGCUAUGAAACUGAAUGUGUGGAAGCAGCUAGCAUCUGAAGAGGGAAAGGAAAUUCCUGAUGAUGAAUAUGCACAAAGGUUGAUGCUAUAUGCAGGUGCUGAUCAUGUAUGGCAUAAGGCAUUGCACUGGGAGACAGCAGAAAGUGAAGUGGAUAGAUUGAAAUUGAGGCUAUCACAGCUGUAUUAUUAUCAUUUACUCAGAAGAAUCCAUUGAGGGGCUGAAAGAAUGGCUGGAUGCUGUAUUGAGAGCUGGCAUUCCAUGUGCUGUUGUUUCAAGUCUAGAUCGGAUAAACAUGGUUUGGGCCCUGGAGAGGAUGGGGCUGAAGAAGUAUUUUCAGGUUUAUGACUUUCUGUGUGUAUGCCAAUAUAUUUUGUGAAGGGAGAACUAAUGGUCGUGACUCUUACAAACAUGAACAGAUAUGUGAAAGUAUGGGUGUGUGUUCCAAUUUCACCUAGUUAGUUUCUCAUCUUGAUUUGCUGAUAAUGUUCCAUGGCUGAUCUAACCGGUUUUACAGCCAUCACCCAGCUUCACAACAACAACCCACCACCCCACCCCUGCCGACCGCCCCU